AUGGCGGAUUCGGCCGGACCGCCUGUGGCGAGUCUGCAGCUGGCGAAGCCUCGCAGCAUGUUCCUCUGCGGCUCGCUGCCGGUCUGGCUCGACCGCGAGUUCACCACGCUCGAGUUCUCCCCGGGGAUAUCGAGAUCCUUCUUCAACGAUAGGACUCCCGGCAUUCCCAAGGUGAUCCCUCCCCCAGUCCGACCGUCCCUGGACACCCACCCCCCCGCAUGGCUCCACCGCGACAACAUUCUCCUGCCAGUCGACCGCCCCUCGGACCCUCCAGGUUCCACCUGGGGGGGGUCCUAUCUACAGCACAGUGGCGCGCGCAAGUGCGAGGCGCUGGCGGUGAGGGGGCUGGCGGAGUUUGGGGAGGACGCGGUGGAUGUGAUAGCGCCCGCGGACGUGCUCAAGCAGCUGUUCAAAUUACCGUUUUCUAAAGCCAGCUUGUUUGUCAGCGUGCACCGCGUCGGCCGCACGCUCGUGCUCAACCCCGGGGGGUUGGCGGAGUUUGGGGAGGACGCGGUGGACGUGAUAGCGCCCGCGGACGUGCUCAAGCAGCUCUUCAAAUUACCGUUUUCCAAGGCCAGCCUGUUUGUCAGCGUGCACCGCGUCGGCCGCACCCUUGUUCUGAACCCAGGUGAAUACUGCUGCAGCAGCUGCUGCUGGGGAAAGCCUUACCCUGAGGUGGACGUGAUAGCGCCCGCGGACGUGCUCAAGCAGCUCUUCAAGCUGCCGUUUUCCAAGGCGAGCCUCUUUGUCAGCGUGCACCGCGUCGGCCGCACUCUUGUUCUCAACCCCGGACCUGUGAGGAGCGGCGGACGUGAUAGCGCCCGCGGACGUGCUCAAGCAGCUGUUCAAGUUGCCCUUUUCCAAGGCCAGCCUGUUUGUCAGCGUGCACCAUCACCAUCGCCUGCGGACGUGCUCAAGCAGCUCUUCAAGCUGCCCUUCUCCAAGGCCAGCCUGUACGUGAGCGUGCACCGCGUCGGCCGCACUCUCGUUCUCAACCCAGGCGCCUGCGGACGUGCUCAAGCAGCUGUUCAAGCUGCCCUUCUCCAAGGCCAGCCUGUACCGCCUGCGGACGUGCUCAAGCAGCUGUUCAAGCUGCCCUUCUCCAAGGCCAGCCUGGCUGCUUCUGAGGCCUCGGAGGACGCGGUGGACGUGAUAGCGCCCGCGGACGUGCUCAAGCAGCUGUUCAAACUGCCGUUUUCAAAAGGCCAGCCUGUUCGUCAGCGUGCACCGCGUCGGCCGCACCCUUGUUCUGAACCCAGGUUUGAGCACCUGAGGCUGUUCCUGGGAUGCGAUCUGAUUCUGUUCAGCAAUGAGAAGCAUGCUGCAGUCAGCCUUCACCUUGUCGACGUGGAGCAUGAGAGCUCCCCUCUCGUAUGGCUGGACAUAUGGCUUGACAAUCUCAUGGCGGGGGUUCCUGAGCUAGCCAUCUGCUACCACCACAAGGGCGCCGUGCAGGGCUACGAGCUGCUGCACUGCGACGACGUGUUUCUGCUCAAGUGCCUCGCAAGAGACGGCUCGGCUUCCUUCUACCCGCAUGCUGUGAGGGACAGUGCACUUGCGAUUCUGGCGUUCCUGCAGGAGAAAUGUGCCCGAAGCCCUGGCACCUACUGGCCCCGGCACGGCACCUACUGGGUGAGUGCAUGUGCUGGUAGUGCUUCCUGGCUGGAGAUCAAUCACCCUCUUUCAUUCCCGCACGCUGUGAGUGACAGUGCACUCGCCAUCCUGGGGUUCCUGCAGGACAAGUGCGCGCGCAGCCCCGGCACCUACUGGCUGCGCAAGGAUGCUGGCACUGACGUGCUGCAGCUAUUCGACCUCACCCCACCACUCCAGAACCCAUCUGCACCGCUCCGCCUCGCCCCCUCCCUCGCCGCCCAUCCCUCUGCGUCAGCAGCGACACUCAGCCACGUCAGCAGGACUUCUUCCUCCUCCUUAAGCUCCUCAUCCUUCGGAGAGCCAACGGGAGAGGCAGCAGAGGCAAGAGGGGGACGUGCAAGGGAAGGAGCAGGGGAGGCAGCAGGGGGGCGGGCAAGGGGGCAAGCAGAAGGUAACUCCCCCUUACCGUCUCUCGAUCCGGCUGUAGCGGCACACCUCUCUCUGCCCCUCGCCAUGCUGCUCUACCGCCUGGCCCUCCGCCUCUCAGACUCACACGUGCCUCGAGACAGGCACAGGACGGCGCAGCUGUUUGGAUACUGCCUGCAGCUGCUGCACCAGAAGGACCACCCGUGCUCCCCCACGCGCCUCUCUCUGCCCCUCGCCAUGCUGCUCUACCGCCUGGCCCUCCGCCUCUCAGACUCACACGUGCCUCGAGACAGGCACAGGACGGCGCAGCUGUUUGGAUACUGCCUGCAGCUGCUGCACCAGAAAGACCACCCGUGCCCCCCCUGGUACCCCCCCUCGCACCUCUCCCUGCCCCUCGCCAUGCUGCUCUACCGCCUGGCCCUUCGCCUCUCCGACUCGCACGUGCCGCGGGACCGCCACAGGAUGGCCCAGCUAUUCGGGUACUGCCUGCAGCGGCUGCACCAGAAAGACCACACGGGGUUUGGUGCGGUUUGCGGGGAUGGGAGGGCGUUUGGAGUGGUUGAGAAGGAGAGGAGGAGGAGCAAGGGGAAGGGGCGGAGGGGCGCGAAGGGGAGGGGAAGACAGCGGAUGGGGAAAAUGGAGGGAGGAGUGGAGGCAGGGGAGGAGUGGGGGGAGGAGGAAGGGAGGGAGGGGGAUGAGGACGCACGCUCGUCUUGCUCCCUGGGUAGCACCUGUAGCAGCGUUGGAGCUGCUUCUGCUGCUUCUGCUGCCUCUGCUGGUUCUGCUGCAGCAGCUGUUACCAGCGGUGGUGUGGUUACCAGCUGCAGUGCGGUUACCAGCAGCACCACUGCGGUUACCGAUCGGCGCAUAUGCAAGCUGAUAGCACUUCUGGGAGAGGCUUAUCUGGGCCUGGCAGAAGCUUAUAAAGGGGAUGGGCAGGUGGGGAGGGCUUUAAGAGCCGCUGAGCUGGCAUGUGUGGUGGUGGGGGGGUGGCCUUGGGACUUGGAGGAUCUAGGCUUGGGAGGGGAAGGGGAGGGGGAAGAGGGAGGAGAGGGGGGAGAGGGAGAGGAGGGGAACGGGGAGGAAGGGGAGGAGGCUAGGGAAGAAGCAGCAGGUAAGGUGUUGGCAGGAGGGGGAGAAUGUGCAGGGUGGGAGGGUAGCAUGUGGCUGUCUAGGCGUGUGAGUGGGCGGAGCUUCUGGGGUGAGUUGUGGGAGCUGGUAGGAGAUUUAUAUGUGGACCUAGAGACUAGGGUCGGUGUGGGGCCGGAGCCAAAGCAAGCAGCUAGGCUCGGUGAUCUGAAGCAAGAGGCAAGGCUCGGUGAGUCGAAGCAAGAGGAGAGACUCAGUGACCCGAAUCAAGGGGCGAGGGUUGGCGAGGGGAGGAAGGAGCAGGGCAGUUUGAAAGCACGGGUUGCUGCAGUGGCUGCGGAGGGGGAGGCGUCUGGGAGUGCAGAGCUGAGGAUAGAGGAGGAGGUGGCGAGGGAGGUGAGACGGGUGAGGAAGAAGAGGAGGCAGCGGGAGGGUGGUGGGCAUGGGGCAGGGGCAGCAGCAGGGGCAGGGGAUAGUGGUCAGGAGAUUGGUAGUAAGGGCAGGGGUGGUAUGGACGGUACUGUCUGCAGCGUGUGUGGGAGGAGCGGCUGUAGCUGCUUGAACGAACGAGCACGGCGGGACAACGGUGACUCCCCACAUCCUUCCCCAUCAGCACCAUCGUCGUCAGCAUCAGCACCAGCAGCAUCAGCAGCAUCAGCACCUUCAGCACCAUCAGCCCUCCCCCCUGCUGCCGCCUCUGCAAGCAGCUGGAAAACGCGUUGCUUUGGCCGCCCGUUUGUGCUCGACCCGAACGCCAACUACCAAUCAGCGGCCGAGUUUUACUCCCGGGCAGCGGCCGCGUUCUCGGCCAAUCAGGACGCGACAAGCAAGCAGGCGGUUAUGAGGAAACGCGGUUGGGCUUGCAACGAGCGAGGCCGAUGGCUUCUCAAUUCCCCUCCCUCCUCUUCCUCCUCGUCCUCUGCCUCCUCCCCCCCUCCACCUCCCACUACCCCACACGCCACCAUAGCAGCUGCACGGGCAGCACUGGUGGCGGCAGCAGAGGCCUUUUGGGAGGCUGGAGAUGCCCCCAAUGCUGCUCUCGUGCUCUGCAAUCUCGGCCAUGGGGAGAGGGCAGAUGCUGAGCUGCUGGCUGCUCCUGUUCUGAUUUGCUCUGAGCAAGCUGGUGCUUCUGGCGUGGGAUUCAGUGCUGCUCCCACUGCUUCUGCUGCUGCUCCUGCUGCUUCUGGUGCUGCUGCUGCUGGGUCUUGGGAUGCUGCCACAAAUGUUAACAAUGGUGAAAGUGGUUCUGCCGGUGCUGGUGCUGGUGCAGAUUUACUGAGCAAGUUUGAGAGAGCGAGGCAGAGGUAUAUGCGUGCCCUUGGGUGGUAUGGGGAUGCGCGUAGAGAGCUGAUGAGGAGCGUGGGAAAAGGAAAGGCUGAUGGUGCUGCCGAUGGGAGUAAGGACGUAGUGGGAAGAGCAGGAGGAGCAGGGGGGGUAGAAGGAGCAGGGGGGGUUAAGGGUGGAGUUGGGGAUGGGAGUGAGGCAGCAGCAGCACGGGCGUAUGGUAUGAUCUGGAAUGAGGUGAAUCUGCAAUUUGCCCACACUUACCUAAGAGUCGGCAUGCUUAUGGCCGCUGCGGAACGCCUGGGCCUUCCAACAGCCGCAACUGGGAAUAGGAGAGAGAAUGCGGAUAGUUAUGUUUCGGCCAAGGAUGCCUUGAGUAAGGCUCUGAUUCUGUAUGAGUCGCUCGGGCCAAGCAGGCAGCAAGAAGCUGCCUUCGCUCACUUCCAUCUUGCUGAUUACCACAGGGACUGUGCCCUGCGUGCUGCUUCUGCUGAUGCUGCUGCUGCAGGAGCUGCAGCAGGAGGUGUGGCUGAUUGGCAGCAGCAGAAGAAGCGUCUGGCAGCACUAGCAGAGGUGCACUGGCACAAGGCAGCGUGCUUCUAUCGAGCGGACGCGCAUCCAGACAUGUUUGUGACUAUAUGCAUGGAGAGGGCGGCGCUAGUGUUUGGUCUGGGCGGGCAGAAGCAGCAAUGGCAGAGUCACCUCGCAGCGCUAAGGCACCUCAUGGCAGCGCAGGAUGCAUUAUCACCACCCCCAGGCCCCACUUCCCCCCCGGUUCCCGAUUCCAAAACCAUGAAGUAUUCUAAGCAAGCUCAAACCAAGGCGUCCCCUCUUUACAGCCACACGUCUGAGAGGCUGUGCCUUCUCGUACAGUCACACCUGAAGGCCUUGCUGGGCCUUGCCCUGGCAUCCGCUGGCUCAUCUGUUGGGGGGAAGAAGGCGGGUGAUGGAACAAGUGCAGCAGGCUCAGGGGUUGGAAGAGGUGGAGAGGAAUCUGUGGGGGUGCUUCGAGAGGCUUACAGAUGCUCCUUGAAGCUCGACAAGACUGCACUGGACUUGCAUUCAAUAUUUGUAUUGUUUGCUCGUUUGCAAUAA